AUGUCUUAAUUGUUGGAUUAAGCUUUACGGCAACAAAAAUAAAGGAAGUAAGAAUUUUAAAUAUUAAGAGUCACACAGUUAAAGGAAUUUUAAAAUUUCGUUAAGACUUUACAAUGGCACACUGCGAUAACAAUAGUGAAGACGCUUCUUUUGAGCCAAAUAUUUGUUCAAAUAGAAAAAUCGAAUUAUAGUUACCAGAAAAAUAGUCUUUUAAAGGUGAUUGUUUAAGUCCAGAUCCUGAUUAAGAUGAAGAAAGUCGUAGUAUGCUAAAUGUAGAAACAAAACAAAAAGUAAAUUUAUGGGUACAUGGUGGAUUAAGAAUAAUGUUUUAUAUAACUAAAUUUAGUAAACAAAUGAAAACUUAUUCAACAGAAGUAAAGUUUAAAUCUUUGACCAACAAUAUUGUAAGUUUGAUAUCUGAUGCUGCCAGUGAUGCAGAUAUUUUAUUUUUUUUUUCAUAACAUUUUUAAUAAAUUGAUUUUUAAAUUCAAUUUUAUAAAAUUGAAAUUAUUUUAUUAAAUCAUCUAUAUUGCAUAAAUUAAAUAAAGUUGAGCAAGUAAUGUAAUCUCUUAGGUGGUUUAUAAAUCAAAUUCCUGUACUUGAUCCUGAUUCUCUAAUUAAAGUAAUUUGGGAUAUCUUUGUUUUGACACAGAUUAUAAUUAAUAUUUUCUAUAUUCCUAUGAAAUUAGGAUUUGAUUUUGAAAGAGAAGAUUUAUUAACUGGAAUAUUUUUGGAAAGUUUGCCUUCUUGGACAUUUGUAAUGGAUAUAAUUUUGACAUUUUUCACUGCAUACUAUAGUUAAGGAUAAAUUCAUAGAGAUAAAUAAUAAAUUCUUAAACACUAUGCAAAUACAACAUUGUUUUGGGAUUUAAUGAUAGUAAUACCAUUUAUAUUAUCAUCUUAUUCAGUACCUUAUACAGAAUAUAUUUUAUUACUUAGAGUAACAAAAGUAAAAUCCAUGAUUGAAUCUAUUGAAGAGGUUACAAAUCCAUCAAAUAAUGUGUAAACUAUUUUAGAAUUAUUCAAAUCAAUAUUUUUAGUUUUAUUUGUAUCACAUUUUUGUGCUUGUUUAUGGAAUUUGAUUGGAGAAAUAGAAAUAGAUAAAGGAUAAAAUUCUUGGUUAAAUACUAAAAAUAUUGUAGAGGCAGAAUGGUCUACAAAAUAUAUUCAUGCUUUUUAUUUUAGUACAAUAACUACCUUAACAAUUGGUUAUGGUGAUAUAGUUCCAUAAACUGAUCUUGAAAGAAUAUAUGUAAUAAUUAUGGCAAUGGUAAUUUGUGGUUUAUUUGGUUACACUAUUUCUAGUAUUGGAAACAUACUUAAAUAAUUAACUGAAAAAGAAUAAUUAUUUAAAUAAUAGAUGAUGCAUAUAAAUAACUUUCUUAAAAAAAAAUAAAUAAAUAAAUAAUUAAUGUUAUAAGUUAGAAAAUAUUUUGAAUAUUUUCUUAAAAUGGAAUAAGAUUAUAAUGAAUUUGGAGAGAAAAUGAUGAGCAAUUUAGAUAAAAAAUUAAAAGAAUAGGUUGCUAUAGAUAUUUAUUGUGAUAUGUUAAAAAAAUCAAGACUAAUUAAAUAAACAUUAUCUUUAAAAAGUGUUUAAAAAUUAUGUUCUUUUGUUCAUGAAAUAAAAGUCCCUCCUGAAGAAAUUAUUGCAUACUAAAAUGAAUAAGCUAAUAAAUUAAUUUUCCUUUAGAAUGGAGAGUUAAGUCUAAUAUGUAUGUCUAUCUAUCUUAAUUUAUAGGUGAUUAAAAACUUAGAGAAACUAUUCUAACUAAAAUAGAAAAAGGUAAAUUUGUGGGAGAAAAGGAAUUUAUUACAUAAGCACGAUAUGAAUAUACAAUUAGAUCAGUGAAAUUUUGUUAAAUAGCCUACAUUAAGUAAUUAUCAUAAGAAUUUAUAGUUAUGAAGAUUUCUUAAGAAUUAUAAGGGAAGAUCCACUUGAAGAAGAAAAUUAUUGUAUGCUUAGAGAUUAAAUGUUAUUUACAGAAGAAAAAUAAAAUUAUGGUGAAGUAUGUUAUAUAUGUAAAUGGACACAUCAAUUUAAAAAGUUAAAUUAUAUGUUUAAUUAGAUGUCCAUUAGUUUUUGUCCAUUUUAAUUAAGAUAGAAUAAGAAAAAAGUUUAUGAUAUCAGAAGAUAUGAAUAGAUUAAAAUAUGAUAGGGAUAGGACUAAAAGUAGAUUCGAAAGAAAUAUAAUUAGAGAGCAUGCUUUAGCAUUAAUUGUGAAUGAUAAUAUAAUAGCAAUAGAUGAUUUGACAGAUUAAUAUUUAGAUACCCUUGGAUUUAAUAUGGAGAAUGGUGAAAAUGAAAAAUUAAUAAAAACAAUUAAAAGUUAAAAAUCUAGUAAAUCUGUUCUUAGAGGUCUUACAGGCUUUGAAUAGUUUGAUAGUGAUUCAGAUGGUUCAAAUAUUUCAGAUAUUUAAUUAAAUAAAACUAAAACACCUAAAUCAUCUAAAUUUAAUCGUUUAUAAAGCAUAGAAUAAAAAAAAGUUAAAUUUUAAGAAAUUUCUGAACCUGAACCUAAAAUAUUAAGAGCAUAAAAUUCAUUUAGAAGAAAAGCAGAUAAUAGACACAAAACAUUUUAAAGAUUAACUUAAAUCUCAAAUAAUAGAUUUACAAAUAGUUCUUUAAUUUCAUAAGAAUAAAAUUUUCAAAGUCAAUCUGUUUCAGGUUAGAAUUCAAGUAUGCAUAAAAUUAAAAAAAAUAAUACAAGUUCAUAUUCAAAUAUAGAAAUAGAAUUACCUAAUAAAACUUAAUCAAAAUUAGAAAUUAUUAAUUAAUUGGAUGAUGUAAUCUUACAUAAGUAAAAUGAUUAUCAAAAUUAAAGAGUUGAUUUUGAAUUAGAUCGGUAUUUUAUAACUACAUACUAUUUCAUAAAUUCAAAUUUGGAUUAAGUCCUAUAAAAACUUAAGAGAACAAAGAAAAAUUAAAGAUCAGAUCAUAUUUAAAGUAUAAUUAGAAAAUCAAAAUAUAAACCAAGCCUUUAUAGUCCUCCAUCAUAAUGA